GUACGUGGAGGUUUAGUUCAGUACGCUACCCGUUGAUCUGACUGUAAAACGUGUACUGCAAAUCUCAAAUAAUCGAACUCGACCAUUUUGUGUAAAAUUACUUACAUUGUGACUUCAAGUCACACGAUAAAACAUUUUUUGAAAUGACUUAUUGUGCUGUAUGGUUAGUAUAUAUACCGCAUUAAGAUUUCGGAUAAUAUUUACUGAGAUGAUGAAAAGCUGGUAUAAUUUGCACUCUAUAGGAUUUCGACUUUUGAUCCUGUCUUUUACAUUUCCAAGAAUAGUAUUGCAUGCCAAAUCAAUAAUGACUCUGGAAUCCAACAAAGAAGAAAUAAGUCCAUACUGGUCGUUUAAUGAAACAGCUGACAUAUCAAAAUAUGAAGAUUUUGACCAUAAAAAAUUUUUAGAGCACGAACUCCAUCUUCAUGUAUCCGAUCCAAAUAUCAUAGACGUCCGGCCUCCAAUGAAACCGCGUUCUACAACUACCUCCACAAUGGCGCCGGUCACACAGGCACCCGAACCUAUUAUCCACGUAGGCACAUCCAAUAUAACGGUUCAACUGGGAAGCACUGCUUUACUCCAUUGUGAUAUAGCCAAUUUAUCUGAAAGAAUGGUUUCAUGGGUGCGUAGAAGAGACUGGCAUAUUUUGAGUUCAGGUUUACUUACAUAUAUCAAAGAUGAUCGUUUUCGGGUGUUUCAUUCGGAAAAAAGUGAUGACUGGGAUUUACGUAUAUCUCCGGUUGAAAAAAUUGACAAUGGAACUUAUGAAUGUCAGGUUGGUACUGGUACUGGAAUCAUGACGCAUUACUUUAAUCUGUUUAUAAGUGUGCCAACUGCUAUUAUAAUGGGCAGUGAAGAAUAUCACAUUGGAGAAGGGAGUUCAAUAAGUUUGAUAUGCAUUAUUGAAAAUAGCUCAGUUCCACCGCAACUUGUUAUGUGGUAUCACAACGAAAAAUUAAUUUCUCCUGACCAAUUACACAAAAAUGAAAUAAAUAAAGAUCGUGUAUCCGUCACCACAGAAUAUACAGGAAAAAUUGGAAACAAAAUAAAAAGCAAGUUGACAAUCAUCAAGGCAAUUCAAAUGGACUCAGGAAAUUAUACUUGUAAACCUCCUAACACUGAUCCUGAUUCUACUUAUAUACAUAUUACACCAGAGUUUGACAAUACAGCAGCGAUUCAACGGCAUAAAAGUUCGAAUUCAGCAUCAACCAAAGAUUUUUGGGUCAUUCAUAUGGGAUCACUAAUUUUUAUUGGAAUGAAUAAAUGUUUUAAUAUUUUUUUUUUAUAAACUUUAAAUUACUACAAUAUAAAUAUGAAAAUAAAUUUUAAAAAUGUAAAUAAAAAAACUAAUUUUAUUAUUUAUUGAUAUUUUAUAUAAAAUGUAAAUAUUUAACUACUAAUAAAAUAUAUUGUAUAAAAUUUGUAAACUUAUAUUUUAAUAAUUUAUUCAGCUUGUAUGAGUACAAAAAGAAUGGAGCCAAUGUCUGACUUUUUUAUUGCUAACGUGUUUAGAAAAUUUUUCGUUAGAUCGAAUGUUACCAAUACUAUUUUUUUUAUAGUCUAACUGUAAUUAUAUUAUUACUUCAAUUUAAUAAGUUACAUGUAUCAUCGAAUAAGAAUAUUUUGUUAUCUAUAUCUCCUGAAAAGUUAUAAAAAGUGACUAAUGCUCGUUUUUAUUAACAUUCCAUUUAUAAAUAUCAAUCUAAAAAAACCUUAAAUUUAUUAAAUAUUGUAAUUAAUUUUUGUUAAAAGAAUUAUAAAACAUAAUAAGCUGUUUCCCAAGAUCAAAUUUUUAAUAAUAAUAUACAUUUAUAAAAUUGAAU